AUGUCUCUCAGCUUAUUCACCGGAACAGCGGCGCCUCAGCUCCAACGAUGCCCUCGGAUAUCUCAUAGUCCCUGGUCUACUACUGUUGCUCGCACGCACUUUCGAUCAAUAUUUCAACAAAACCUGGGUGCCCGGGUUAUCAAGGUGGAAAGACCUGGCGUCGGAGAUUUUGCUCGUGCCUACGAUUCUCGAGUGGAUGGGCUUGCCUCGCAUUUUGUUUGGCUCAACCGGUCUAAAGAGAGUCUGGCACUGGAUCUGAAGAAUGCCGAACAUAUGAAAGUACUCGUGGCACUCCUCGACAAAGCAGAUGUCUUCGUCCAAAACCUGGCUGCAGGUGCAAGCGCAAGGCUAGGUUUGUCAUAUGAAGCUCUAAAGUCCAAGAACCCCGGUCUUAUCGUUUGCGAUGUCUCUGGCUACGGCGACAGUGGUCCAUACAGAGAGAAAAAGUCUUACGAUUUGCUUGUUCAAAGUGAAGCUGGUCUUCUUUCUGUCACUGGUAGCGAAAGUGAGGUUGCAAAAGUUGGCAUAUCUAUUGCCGAUAUCUCAGCAGGCAUGUACGCAUACACCAACAUCCUCGCAGCCUUGAUGCAACGCCAGAAGACUGGCUCAGGGUGUCGAUUGGACAUCUCCAUGUUGGAGAGCAUGAUGGAAAGGACAGGAGCAUCUCAUGCAACCAUCUAUCCUUAUGGCCCAUUCGAAACUGGCGGUGGGGAUGCCGUGACUUUGGGUGUCCAAAAUGAAAGAGAAUGGACAAACUUUUGUCAAUCGGUUCUGGAGAAGCCGGAACUGAGCCAAGAUGCUUGCUUCUUAAGUAACUCGCUCCUUGAUACGCCCAAGGGCCGUAUCCCGGCUCUUAUACCUCCCGGUAUUGCCACAGCUACUGGGGCGAGGAUGGGCGCGGUUCCUGCACUGGGCUAACACACACUAUCAAUAUUAAAGGAGCUGGGCUUCGACGCCGGGACUGUUCAGUGAUUCUUCGUGUUUCUUCGUCUACUUCGUCUACUUCGUAUCUUUUAGUGAAGCAUACUAAAAUAUGUAGUAUAAGAGUCUUGUCGUGCCAAACACAAGAUAGCUGUUAUCUAACUCAUGAGAGAAUAGUAUUUGCUGUUUUA